GCACGUGUAUAUAAUAUAUGUUGUAGAACAAGAACAAGGAUAAAACAGUUUUGGGAAGUUGCAGCAAAAUGUUUUCGUCUGGCGUUGGAAUAUCUAUGAAUUGCUUCUAUUUGAGAGUGUCUCCUUCGUGUUACACACUUUCCCAUCUUCCAUUGUCUUCUUCUUCAUCUUCAUCUUCUCCAUGUUCAUCCUUCAACUCCAAUAAACUCAACUGGAUUCGAAAAGCAUCCUCUCAAGAACUUCCUAAUGAAUUAGUUGAAGACUCGAAAUUUGUUCCUAUUAAGGACGAUGAUCCAAGAUAUGGUCCACCUGCCUUAUUGUUGUUGGGAUUCGAAGCAGAUGAAAACUUGAAGAUCCAACAGUUUUUGCAAGAGUUAGAGGGUGAAUUUAUGAAGGUUAUCUACUGUACCAAAGACAUGCUUACGCGUUCACUUUGGGAGGCAAUGCAUACAGCGCAAGAGAGUUUGGAAGAUGUCAAGAUAGACAAGUCACUUCCUCGAAUAUGUUUCUUAUCUGGUUUAAGCGGAGAGGAGAUGGUGAUGUUUGUUGAUGCUUUCCAAGAAACCGGACUAAAGUCAGCUGCAUUUGCGGCUCUUGUUCCCAACAGUGCUGAUAAACCACUAUAUGAGUUGAUAGAAGAAAUCACUGGAGAUCAUGAGAUGUUGACUGGAGAACAGUUGUGAUGAAUUUCCAGUGGAUUCAAGGAGCACACUUGCGAAGCAUACUGAUUAUCAAUAUGAAUGUACUUGGAUUUUAAGUAUAAACAACUAAGUUAUGUAAGUUAGCAAUUCAUUAAUGUGUUUUGUUGUAGUAGCAGUCACUGUCAGAACUUGAUUUAUGAGAACUUGUCUACUGGAACUGGAAAGUAUGGAUAUGUCUUGUCUUAAACGAAAUUUACCACAAAAAAUUUGAAAUGAAGAGAUUCUGAAGGAUAUAGGACUCAAAA